CUAAACUUUCUAAGUUACUAGUGCAGGAUAGCAGUAAUCUGAAACUGAAGAUGUGGAAGAAAAUCUCUGAUUCAUUCCAAUGGACUUCUCAAACCUCCAAUCCAGAGUUAACACUCCCUACAUUCCUCCUCACCGUACGCAGCUACACCCUCGCAUGCACCAUCCCAAUCCUAAACUCCCGAACAACAGAAACAAAUUCCUCAUCCUCUUAGUCUCUCUUUUCACAAUCCCCACGCUCUAUUACCUCUUCUCCACCGCCCGAAAACUACACCAAUCUGCUAAAUUCGCGGAGCCCGAUGUGCAAUAUUACGGCAUUGUUAUCGAUUCGGGUCUCGCCUCCGCCCGCCUCCGUGUUUUUAAGUUCCUUGGCUACGGACAGAUGCCGUUCAUUGAUUCCACUAAGGCCAGAGGAGAUCUAGAUCGUUCAAUUCAAGCGUUGAUUGAUUUUGCCAAGAAGAGGGUGCCCAAGAAGGAGUGGGCUAACACUAGGGUGCAGUUGAUGGUGAACAAUGCGGUGGAAGAUAGGGUUCUGGAACAAUGUCGCAGGGUUUUAAGAGCCUCUGGUUUUGCUUUUAAGGACGCCUGGGCGAGCGUUCUUGAAGGGCAAGAAAAAGGUAUGUAUGCCUGGAUUGCUACAAACUAUGUUCUUGGAACCUUGGGAGGUGAGCCCCAAAAAACCAUUGGGAUAGUUGAACUUGGUGGGACUUCUUUGCAGGUUACAUUUGCUAUGAGAGAAUCUUCGCAAGUAAAAUCUACACAAAUGUUCAAAUUCGCUGGAGUUACUUAUGAUCUUUACACGCAAAGUUUGCCGCAAUUUGUUUUUCUUUUGGUACAGGAGGCAGCUUGGAAAUUGCUGUCUGAGUUGCAAAAUUCUACAAAGUUGAAAUCUGUUUCAAGUUCCAGAGUAGGUUCUAAUAACCCUUGCAUCCCUAGAGGCUAUGAGCUGACAUUGAGUAGCAGUGAUGGGAAAAUAAUUAAAUCUGAUGCUGCUGGAAACUUUUCUGCUUGUAGAUUUGAAGCUCUAACUUUGUUGAAGAGAAGACGAGAUAAAUGCUCGCAUCCACCUUGCCAUAUUCUUGCAUCCUUCUUUUCAAGCUUACAAGACCAGACCUUUUCACCAGAAAAUUUCUUCUAUAGUUCUGAGCUUUUUGGGCUGGUUCCUAGGACUUCUUUGUUUGAAAUGGAGGCAUUUGGAAAACAUUACUGCGAAAUUGAUUGGGGUGAACUGAAAAAACAACAUCAUGGCAUUGAUGAUUUAGAUUUGCUGAGAUACUGUUUCUUUUCUGCAUUUGCGGUGGCUCUGUUGCAUGACAGUCUUGGAAUCCCUUUGCAUGAUAAAAGAAUUGGAUUUAUAAAUCAUACUGAGAAGAAUCCCAUUGAUUGGACUCUUGGAGCAUUCAUCUUCGAAUCAAAGCUGAAGUCCCUUGAACAGGAACGUGAGAAGCUGGACCAGUUUGUCGGAAAUGAGUCAGUAACAUACUUAUCUUUGUUUGCUUUUCUGUUGAUAGUAUUACUUACUGCAAUUUUUGUCGUGCAAUGGCGAAAACCACAGUUAAAAACAAUAUAUGACCUUGAGAAAGGGCACUAUAUUGUUACCCGAGUGCCCAGAUAAUUGUUUUCUUACUUGAUAAAGAAUUAUGUAUAUCGCUGCUAUAUAAUCGAUGAUGCUGAAUCCUGGGAAAUUUUUAUUUUUCA